GAGAGAGAGGGAGAGGGAGGGUGAGAGAGCGAGUGACGGAGAAGAUGUAUCCCUGGAAGUUGAGCUCGGAUGCAUGCAGCCUGAACAGCAGGUUGUAGGAGGCUUGAGAUGGCCUUCCUUCGAGGGCGGAGCUUCACUCCCUCACUUUGGCUCCUCCUCCCUCUCUUCCUUGACCACGCCCCCAGCGGCUGCCACGCACGGCCCUUCUUCGGCCCGCCGCCGGUCAACGUGGCGGUGGUGUUCAGCGGCUCGGCGUACCACGGCGAGAUCAAGGGCCGCCUGAGCCGAGAGAACUUCCUGGACCUGCCACUGGAGGUGAAUCCGGUGACGGUGCUGGUGAACGACACCAACCCGCGGGCGCUGCUGAUCCGCAUCUGCCAGACGGUGGCGGCGGAGAGCCUCCAUGGCCUGGUGUUCGAGGACGACGUCGAUUCUGAGGCCGUCGCCCAGAUCCUGGACUUCAUCUCCAGCCAAACGGCGCUGCCCAUAGUGGGCAUCAACGGAGGCUCGGCUGUGGUCAUACCACACAAGGCAGAGGGCUCCACUUUCCUCCAGAUGGGAGCCUCCAUUGAACAGCAAAUCACAGCCAUGUUCAAGGUCAUGGAGGAGUAUAACUGGGGCAACUUUGUGGUGAUCACCAGCCUGUACCCUGGCUACGAGACCUUCGUGGACUACAUCCGCUCCUUCACCGACACCUCCUACUUCCUGUGGGAGAUGCAGGAAGUGCUGAGCUUCGACAUGUCAACGGGGGCCAACGACGUGCGCUCGCGGCGUCUCCUCCAGCAGGUGGACGCGCAGGUGCUGCUGGCGUACUGCUCGCACGACGAGGCGCAGUACCUGUUCCGCAUGGCGGCCGAGGUCGGGCUCCUGGGGCCCGGCUACAUCUGGGUGGUUCCGAGUCUGGCGGUGGGGAACCCCGAGACGGAACCGCCGGCCAGCUUCCCCGUGGGGCUCAUCAGCGUCAUCACGGACCACUGGCGCAAGAGCCUGCGGCAGCGCGUCCGAGAGGGCGUAGCCAUCGUGGUGAAGGGCGUGCACAGCUUCUACCGCAGCCAUGGAUUCGUCCCCGAGGGACAAAGCAACUGCAAUGGCCCCACCCCCUCUCAUCUCAACUACACCGUUUUUAGGCACAUGUUGAACGUAACGUGGGACCACAGAGACUUGUCCUUCAACAGUGAUGGUUACCUGAUGAACCCCUCCAUGAUCGUCAUCGCUCUGGACCGUGAGAGGCAGUGGGAUAAGGUGGGGACCUUUGAGCGGGGCAUCCUCCAGGUGCGCUACCCUGUGUGGCCUCGUUUUGGGAGCUAUCUGGAGCAAGUGUCCGAUAACCGUCACCUCACCGUCGCCACCCUCGAGGAACGUCCCUUCGUCAUCGUGGAGAGCGUGGAUCCCGACACCGGAACCUGUGUACGGAACACCGUGCCCUGCCGUCGUCAGGCCAACCGGACAGAGAGCAUCGCAGGUCACACGGAGCCCUACACUAAGCUGUGCUGUAAGGGCUUCUGCAUCGACAUCCUGAAGAAGCUCUCCCGCACCAUCAAGUUCUCCUACGACCUCUACCUGGUCACCAACGGAAAACACGGGAAAUUGGUGCGAGGGGUCUGGAAUGGCAUGAUUGGAGAGGUGUUUUAUAAGCGGGCAGACAUGGCCAUCGGUUCCCUCACCAUAAACGAGGAGCGCUCCGAGAUCAUCGACUUCUCCGUGCCCUUCGUGGAGACGGGCAUCAGUGUGAUGGUUGCCCGUAGCAACGGAACAGUGUCCCCGUCUGCUUUCCUUGAGCCCUACAGUCCGGCAGUGUGGGUGAUGAUGUUCGUCAUGUGCCUGACCGUUGUGGCCAUCACUGUCUACGUCUUCGAGUACUUCAGUCCUGUGGGCUACAACCGCAGCCUUGUCAGUGCCAAAGCUCCUGGUGGUCCUACCUUCACUAUUGGGAAGUCCGUUUGGCUGCUGUGGGGAAUCGUCUUCAAUAACUCGGUUCCGGUAGAGAACCCCAAAGGAACCACCAGUAAAAUCAUGGUUCUGGUGUGGGCCUUCUUCGCCGUCAUCUUCCUGGCCAGCUACACGGCCAACCUGGCCGCCUUUAUGAUCCAGGAGCAGUACAUUGAUACCGUCUCCGGCCUCAGCGACAAGAAGUUCCAGAAGCCUCAGGAGCAUUACCCCCCAUUCCGCUUUGGCACCGUGCCCAACGGGAGCACCGAGCGCAACAUCCGCAGCAACUACCCCGACAUGCACACACACAUGAUGAAGUACAACCAGAAGGGCGUGGAGGAAGCACUCAACAGCCUUAAGACAGGGAAGCUGGACGCGUUCAUCUACGAUGCGGCGGUGCUGAACUACAUGGCGGGGAAGGACGAGGGCUGCAAGCUGGUCACCAUCGGCUCUGGAAAGGUGUUUGCCACCACGGGAUACGGCAUCGCGCUCCAGAAGGAGUCGCGCUGGAAACGACCCAUCGACCUUGCCCUGCUGCAAUUCCUUGGUGAUGGUGACACCCAGCGCCUGGAGACGGUGUGGCUAUCGGGCAUUUGUCAGAAUGAGAAGAACGAGGUGAUGAGCUCCAAGCUGGACAUCGACAACAUGGCGGGCGUGUUCUACAUGCUGCUGGUGGCCAUGGGGCUCAGCCUGCUGGUGUUCGCCUGGGAGCACCUCGUCUACUGGAAGCUGCGCCACUCCAUCCAGCAGUCCACGCACCUGGACUUCCUCCUCGGCAUCAGCAGGGGUGUGUACAGCUGUUUCAACGGAGUGGAGGAUCUUGGAAAGCCAGGGGGCCUGCAGAACCCGGACAUAACGACCAACUACGCCCAGGCCAACAUGCUGAAGAUGCUGCAGACUGCCAAGGACAUCGUCUCGUCCACCAAGGUGGAGAAUUCCCUGGACAACGCCACCAAGACCAUCGAGAACUGGAGUCGCUAUGGCGGCAGCUUACCGGCGAGGAUGCCACAGGUAACCGCCACCAGCGCCACGGAAACGCUGCCGGGCCACUUCUCCUACAUCGGCAACGUCCCCGAGCACCACGCGCCCCUCCUGUCGUGCCCCCCCACGCCCCCGUACCCGCUCCAGUACAGCGACGCCCUGGCGGCACCCCAGGCGCGAAUGGUGGCGCGACCCACGCCACUGCGCUACACGCUGCCCGCCCGUGGCACAAACGCCAUCUACGACGCCGUGGUGCCCGUGUCCAGCCUCAGCCUCAGCACGCCGCACCUGGCCGUGCCGCCGCCCGCGCUCAACGGCACCCCCUACAACGCCUACGGGGAGCUGCAGGUGCCGGACAUCUACGCGGAGCACCGCGCGGUGGAAUCUGCGGUGGGCGUGUGCGUGCGGCCGGCCGAGAGCCAGCGGCGGAAGAAGCGCUCCCGGAGCCACGCGCUGGACGCUCUGGACCUGCGCCGCUGCCCGGAGUACGCCGAGCCGCCGCCCGUGUGUGUGUACGGGAAGAGCCCCGCGCUGGCGGCCGGAGGCGGCGCGGGCAGCUGCGACUCGUGCGCAGCGCGGGUGUACGGCGAGGCUGGCCCGGUCCCGGUGGGCCACGAGGACGUCCCGCUCGUCAGCAAGCGCAAGGCCCACCGCCGGCCGUCCUUCCUGCGCGCCACCUGGGGCCCCGAGCGCGUGCGUCCCCCGCCCGCCGACAGGCUCUCGGUGCUGACCGCCACGCCGGCCGCGCGCCACGCCGACGUCCCCGACCUGUUCCCCUGCGUGGAGGUGUACGGCCGUGUGAGCGGCGGCGGCGGCGCCGGACUCUGCUACCCGGCACUGGACCCCCUGCGGCUCGCCUCCCGCAGCCACUCGCGCAAGAGCCAGAAGCUUCGCCACUCGCAGUCCACGCGGCUGCCCUCGUACCGCGAGGCACUGCUCACGCACGCCGACGCCGUGGGCGCCCGGCGCUCCGCCAGUCUGCUGCAGCGCACGCCCACCCGCGUGACCUCCGACCCCGCGCUGGCCGUGUGCCAGCGGCCGCUGCCCUACGGCCCCGUGGAGCUGUGCCACAUCUUCCCGUGUAUGGUGCCGCGGGCCGACAGCGUGUACGGGGGCUACCGCGCGCCACACACACUGCCCCACGCGCUGACCCACGAGGAGAUGCUGGGUGGACGGGUGGGGGAUGGGGAGCAGCCCAUGGUCUGGGGAAGGAUUUCUAGUUUGGAGUCAGAGGUGUGAGAGAGGACCCCUCACACACACACACACACACACACACACACACACACUCAUUCACUUACUCUCUGUCUCUCUUACCCACCCACACACACAGACUGACUGACAGACCAGAAAAACUGCCUUUUUCAUCAAAGCAAAAAAAAAUUAAAUACCCACAAUUCACUGCAGUCUCCUCAGUGUAAUAACAGGAGACGCCGUUCUCUCUGCGGUGGACGGUCUGGUGAGCAGCGGGUAGUACUGUCCCCUUCAUGGCUCCCUGUCAGCGCCAAGCUGUUGGAAGGCUGGACUUUCUGCACACUCCAGGUGGACGAGUCCCAUUCUGUCUCAGCGGAGACACACGAGGCUGCUCUACGUGUACAUACAAGUACCCUCUCUGGGUCUUUGAAAGUGGAUUUGGUAUUCCUCCAUGUAAUCCCAUGUGAAGUUGACUUUUACAAACUCUUUCAGACGUUCUGAAAUAUCUUGUGAUGUUGUUUUUCUAACACCAGGGCUAGCUAACUGUGUUUAUCUAAGAGUUAUUCUACAGUGUCUUUCAGACACUUUGGGCCAGAUGUACCAAUGCUUUUGCGCCCACUUCAGGCGUAUUUGUUUCGCAACGUGCGUGUAAAAUCAUUGUGAGGUAUGUACA